AAUGAUAGGUCUCAAUGCUACUGGUAGAACGGGGAGUAGGCCGGGAAUACAUUAAAAGGUCACUCAGGGAUGCAGAGGCUAUCGCGUACUGGUAUGCUCUUUGUUUAAGAACUGGACUUGAGAAAUAAUUCAACAUGGGUUCCAAGACAAAAACACUGGUUGCUGUCCUCCUCACUGUGACUGCCAUCUAUAUCGCCACCCUCUACGUGGAUGAUUUCGAUCCUGCCAUGGUGAGAGGCAAGAGAGUGCUCAUUACUGGGGCGUCCUCUGGAAUUGGAGAACAGGUGACGUACCAUUUCGCCAAGAUGGGAGCAAACCUUGUUUUGACGGCGCGCAGAGAAAAUCUCUUAAAAAAGCCGUGGCUGGGGACAGGGGACAACUUCACGAGACUGACCACCAGUAUGGACGUUAACUUCCGGUCAUUUGUUCACCUGGCGUCCCAUGCACUACCUCUGUUAACCAAUAGUCGUGGUCACAUUUCUGUGGUCUCCUCUACUGCGGGAGUUACCGCCACUCCAUAUACAGCCGUGUACACCGCCACUAAGUACGCUCUCCAGGGGUUCUUUGGCGUCCUCAGGCAGGAACUGGCUCUCUAUAACUCUGGGGUGUCUGUUACCUUGUGUAUGGUAGGCGCUACACGGACGGAGAGAGCGGUGAAAUCAUUCGUAGGCAUGUUUGGCAGUGACUGGCACAACACCAUACAGCCAGUAGAACCAGAACUUGUUGCCUUGGAGAUCACCAAGGCAACUGUUACUAGGCAAUAUGAAGUAUACACUAGCACAGAUAUACCAUUCAAAAUAUUCAUAUCUUUAAGGUUACUGUUUCCAAAUUUUGCUGAUAAAAUGCUUAAAAGCUUUUCAGUCUUGUAAAUAUCACCCUAGCUUAUACCUUAGAACUA